AUGGCUAGAAAUUUUAAUGAUAUGUUUAACAAGGCAUUGUAUGAUAAAAGAAGAAGGCAAGAUAACACAUUCAUAGAUAAUUGGAUUGAUGAAUGUUUGUUCAAUGAGUCAAGAGAAGAAAAUAUCGAGAGAAGCUCUUUUCCAACUCCUAAUAGAUGGAUUAACAGAGAUCGAAAAGCAGGAUAUGAUCGUCUUUUCAAAGAUUACUUUGCAGAUAAGCCGGUGUAUAAUGCUAACAUUUUUCGACAAAAGUUCAGAAUGAGAAUACAUGUGUUUCUUCGGAUAGUAGACACCCUCUCAAAUGUCUAUGCUUAUUUCCAACAUAGGGUCGAUGCUAUUGGGAGAAGAGGCUUGUCACCAAUGCAAAAAUGUACUGCUGCGAUGUGGAUGUUAGCGUAUGGCAUAGCAGCUGAUGUUGUUGAUGAUUAUGUGUGCAUAAGUGGGAACACUACAAUUAAGUGCUUGAAAAAAAUUGUUGAAGGUGUCAUUUCAGUGUUCGAUGAGAAUACUUGUGAAAACCAAAUUCAAAUGAUGUACGACGCCUACUAUAAAUGGUGGAGGCUCGUGGCUUUCCUAGCAUUAUUUGACGAUAUUCUAAAUGAUCGUGUUUCGGAGGUAAAUUACACUAUUAAUGGUAAUAAUUAUACUAUGAUAUAUACUAUUUAG